AUGGAGCCUCCCCCCAUGCGCCUUCUAUUGAAUGAGCUGGCAGGUGGUGACAUGGAGAAGAAAGAGCAGGGGGGAGGCGAUGUCUACACAGAUGAUUCAUGCAGGACCUAUGACGAUUCGUUAUUAAGGCUUCAACCAUUCCAUAUAUCUGAGCAUAUAUGGAAUGGAGCUGAAGAUAAGGUUUUGAAGGUUAGGAGAGCAACACAAUCAGAGUUGCGUGGUGUUGAGAUUCCAGCUGCUAUUCAGGAUCUUCUACAGAGGGCUGGUUUUAUGGGGAUGGCGCAGAUCAGUUACUUUCCUGUGGACAAUCAUUUAAUUUCUCCCUUAGUUAAGCGAUGGAGACCAGAGACCCACACGUUUCACAUGCCCUUCGGCGAGUGUACUAUCACGUUGGAGGAUGUUGCAAUGUUACUUGGGUUGAAGAUCUCCGAGGCCCCCAUUACUGGAUACGCAACUAUGGAUUGGGGAGCUCUUGUGCAGCGCCUUCUUGGCAUGACACCCCCUAAGUCAAUGCUUGUUGGCGGUCGAUUGAGGAUGAGCUGGAUUGACCGACACUUUUCUAAUGUUUCUAAGCAUAUACAUAUCCAGGAACAGUUGGAACGCUAUACUAGAGCGUUCAUUUUACGCAUAAUCGGGGGAUAUCUAUUAACUGAUCACUCUAGCUUGUUUGUAUCCCUCAAAUACCUGAGUUUCCUAGAAGACCUGGAUGUUUGUGGUCAAAUGAGUUGGGGGUCAUGCGUGCUGGCGAAUAUGCACAGGGAGUGGUGCGUGUGCACGAAUUAUGAUCACAAGGAAAUUGGUGGUUCAGGUAUUCUACUGUAA